GAGUCUGGGCCCCGCCGCCGCCGUAGUCGCGCCGCGCGCAGCAUGGCGGCCGCCCGGGACGUGCACGUCCGCAUCUGCAGCCAGGAGAUCGUCAGGUUCGACCUGCAGGUGAAGGCGCUCAUCCAGGACAUCCGGGACUGUUCAGGACCACUGAGCGCUCUUACCGAGCUGAACAGUAAAGUGAAAGAGAAGUUUCAGCAGUUGCGGCACAGAAUCCAGGAACUGGAACAGUCUGCGAAAGAGCAAGACAGAGAGUCCGAGAAGCAAGUUCUGCUCCAGGAGGUGGAGAAUCACAAAAAGCAGAUGCUCAGCAACCAGACCUCAUGGAGGAAAGCCAAUCUCACCUGCAAAAUCGCCAUCGACAAUGUGGAGAAAGCGGAGCUUCUCAGGGGAGGAGACCUCUUGAGGCAGAGGAAAACCACCAAAGAGAGCCUGGCCCAGACGUCCAGCACCAUCACAGAGAACCUCAUGGGCAUCAGCAGGAUGAUGUCCCAGCAGGUCCAGCAGAGCGAGGAGGCCAUGCAGUCCCUGGUCAAUUCCUCGAGGACGAUCCUGGAUGCGAACGAAGAAUUUAAGUCCAUGUCGGGAACCAUCCAGCUGGGGCGGAAGCUCAUCACCAAGUACAACCGCCGGGAGCUGACGGACAAGCUGCUCAUCUUCCUCGCACUGGCCCUCUUCCUGGCCACGGUCCUCUACAUCAUCAAGAAGCGACUCUUCCCGUUCCUGUGAGACCCGCCUGCUGCCGCCUUUGCCCUCUGAGCUCCUGUGCCCGGAUCCCACCAGGCUCCGCGCUGCCCAGCAGGUCAGGUGGGACGCGGCCUCCUGGCACCCACACACGGCCGGCCCGUGGAGAGGGAGGCCUGUUUCGGGGACGCUGGCAGACUGCACGGGCCGCUGCCCCCGGGUGGCUGCCCCGUAGGGUUUGAGGAUGCCCUCUGCCUCCCACUGUGGCCUUCGUGUCACAUCCAGUGGAGGAAGAGAGAGGGGAGAGGGAAAUGAUGCCGAAAGCCUAUGUGCAUCCCCUGAUUAAGCCUGCCUGCCCACCAGGGUGGCCCGCCCGCCUUUGCCUGGAGCAGCAAACCCUCUGGACUGUGUAUUGGUACCCAGGCUGCUCGAGCAGGAACUGAGGGCGGACGGUUACAGGAACAAGAACGGGGUCCUACAGCCCCGAAGGAAAGGGGAGCACCUCCACCCCCACUGCAGGCUCACCCCAGCAGGUCGCUGAGGCAGACAGCCUUCCUCUGGGGCCCGGAGGUGCCUUGGGCCAGCUGUGCCUUCUUCCCGCAGGCCCAGAGCUAAGUAUAACCCGGGCAGGCAGAGCCAGCCAGAAGCUGCGGCCUGUCUGGGCCCCGAGUUCUGUUGGGGUCAGAGGACUGAGCCCAGCUUAGGCCAGGCCAGGAGACACUUGUGAUCCCGGUGCCGUAGGCCUGGCUGAGGUGCUGUGUGAAGCCUCGGCUCCCCCACUUUCUCAGCCCCACAGGCCAGGGAGGGAUGUGGGGAACAGAGCUGGGAAGAGGAAGGAACACUGGCCUCCAAGACCUGUUCAAAGACCUGGCCCCAAGUAUCGGCACUGACACUGGCAUGACCCUGGGCAAGCCACCGUCUGCCACCAGUUCUCAGUUCCUCCUCAGCCCUGUCCAGUGGGGACGAUCGUCCGAGCAGACCCUCCUAGAAGCCAUGUGAGAAUCGGCCUAGAACGCAGUGCCAGGCUGCUGGGUACCAAGGUCUCCUGCAGCAAACAGCUGGGGCUUCAGGGAGAGCCGGCCUGGGCACCGGAUGCUCCAAGCAGAGGGUGUCAGCUCUUGGGCCCUUGUGAGGAAGAGCCACCUGUCACAGGACCGAGUCAUAGACCAACUUGCUUAACUGGCGGUUCCGAGCAGAGGGCAGUCAGUGUUCUCCUGUCCGCACGCUCGGGUGGCGUGCCGUGCCUCGUCCCUUGGCAGUUCUGGGCUCCACGCACACCGUGCCGGCUCGGCUCUUGUUCAUAGAGGAAGCGACAAGAAAGCACAGUUGGGGGCCUGGGCAGACCAGGCUGGCCGCUCCCAGUGGAGGCCACGGAGUCCGUGUAGCUCGCUGGUGCUUCUCACGGCUCCCUGUUCAGUGUCAGCCUGGAAACAUGGGGGCUCGCCACCCCCUGGAGUCCACCCCUUGGCACUUUGUUCCUCUGUCCCUACCGCCUCCUCAAGGUGGGGCUGGACUCUACCCCUUGGAAAACACCACAUGGUGGGAGGAAGUCUGCCAGCCGGCUCUAGGAAAGUGGCCAUGCCGACCUGCAGCCAGGAGGGGGCAGUGUUGACAUUCACUCUGUGGUUCUUGCCAUGUGUCUGGUCUGUGUCCGCCAGUCUGUCUAAAAUGCUCUUAGGGAUUUGUUCAAACACCAGGUUUCAAACAAUUUAAUAAAAUAAAUAAACAA